AUAGUGUUCACUUGUUUGAGUUAGCUAUAGCCGAAAACUCAAGCAAUAACAACAAACAAAUAGAAGUUAAGCAGCCUUCUACGCCAACAAACUCAUCAGAAAGAAACUACUUCAACUUACAAAAAAAAAAUAGAACACCUCUAACUCCUGCAAAAAGACCAAACACUA